CCCUCACUGACUCUCCGACUUCAACUACCUCUACCUCUACAAGCAACUCACACACGAGGCAUCAUGGCUGCAGAACCAUCUACAAGCAAAAAACGUCGUCUCGAUCCUGAGACUUCUGUCAAGGAGGAGGUGUCUCCAGGAGCCAACCAAGACGCCCCCUCAAGGGACAAACAGACUUCCGGGGGUGAGUUAGAAAAGAGAAGUGACCUUUGGGAACCGUUCAAAAGUCUCGCAGAGAUUCAGGUACCAGCCGCAUCGGGCAAAAGUUCAAUAUCUAUCUCCGGAGAUGACCGCGCUGUCCUCAGGAUGCUAGAAUAUAUUUACACUGGGGAUUAUUCUGUUGACACUUCUACACUCUUCCAAGGUUGGCAGAAAUCCGAAGGAAAACUCACCAGACAUGCAAGGGUGUAUAGUCUUGCUCGCAACUACAAGCUUAGCGACUUACAAGCCCUCUGUUAUGAUAAGUGCGCAAAAGAUUGGAAUUGUGGCUCUUUUUGCCAAUCUGUCUUUUGUGAUCUGGAACCGACAGAUAAGGACGAGAUCAGCUUUGUGAUGGAUACCGCCAUAGAUCACGCUGAUGAGCUACUUAAAGAUGAGGCAUUUGUGAAUACGCUGGCAACAGGACGUGGCUUCAAUAACCUCAGUGUUACUGCUUUCUUCAUUUUGUUUGCGCAGAAACUACUUUUGAAGCAGCCUAGGGAUAUUUGCAAUGACGGGAGAAAGAAGAGCACAUCUUACGUGGCAGGGACACUGGUCGGGGAGGCACUGUUCUACAUGUAUGUAGCAACGAAGCAUCGAUUUGACAACACGCUUAGAAUGCGAACCGCAAAUACUAUAUCCUUCUCUACUUAUGAAAGUAUUAUACGAUUAAUACAACCCCCAAAAACCUCUGCCAACUCGAUUCCUGAGCUUCAUUGA